CCAUGCACAGACAAGGCUGUGUGGACUCCACACUCACACAGAAGGUUGAGCAGCUGCUCAGUGACGCUGCUCUGCAGGACUACACUGCAGCGUUCACACCAGAGAACAAUGGAAAGACCCGGGAUUACAGUUCCAGGUUUACACAAGGAUUUAUUUCAAAAUUUCAAGACCACACCAACGGAUUCACACCUGGAAAUCAGCAAGACCAAAAUGGAUUCACACCUGAAUCUGGAGUACAAUGUAGAGAACUGAAAAGUGAAAAACACACAUCUUUAGUCACCACUGAAUCCACAACAAAUCGUCAGGACAACAGCAGUGAAGUCACUCAGGCAACGACGGGAACGCUGAAGAAAAAUGCCAACACACCGGAGCCAGCCUCACCAGUGCAAGAACAUGCUAGUGUCCAAGCUACACCAUCACCUGUUGUUCCAGCCCUGAAGGAGAGCUUGAUCGCCAAUACAGCACAUCUCUCUCCCUCUGCCAGUGGACCUGAAAAAUAUGGGUUUCAUCGUCCUGAUAUGAAAGAGAAGUCCUUGAGUGGGGCCUCACAGAGUCCAACUCCUCCCUCCAGCUCACCUGUUAGAAGGCUGAGUAGUCCUGAGAAGAUCAUCAGCCUACACGAGCAACUGCAGAAGACUCUAAUGAGCAGCUAUCAGGUUCCAGUGAGCCGAGGAAGAGGACAGCAGCCCAGGAAAAGUCUCUCUUUUUCAACUCCUGCAGACUUGGGACCAGCCUCACAGACAAAGAAGCAGAGCCUUAGUUUCAAUAUACCACAUACCAACUCUCCCCCUGUCACCACUGCUUCAAGCCCAGCUAAGCACACUCCUGCAGUGACAACCACACUGGUUUCCACUGAUAUGUCAACAACACUUUUUAAUGCAGUCGCCUCUAGAUCUGCUAAUGUCACAUACAGUCCCAGCAUGUUUUCUAACCAUCAAAUUAAAGAACAGAAAACUAGCAAAGCCAAAUCCAACUCAAGCAGUGGCACUGAUAUAACAGUGUCUCCAAAACUGACAAAGAAAAUCACUGCUUUCCCUGACAUAUCUCAUGCUAAACAUACAGCUUCUGCUCCUUUAACUCAGAGGACCACUACCUUUGACUCUGAUGUCUCAACAUGUCCUGACACGAAUCCAAAAACCACUGCCUCAGACACAACUGCCUCCAGCAUUUCAACUGCCCCCGAGGCUGAUCAUUUUAACAUGCCUUCUCAAACCGAUGGUGCUGCCCCCGCAUAUGACCGGCUCGCAUUUGCUGCAUCCUGCCCUCAGUCUGCUCAUUGCUCUCCUGAGAGGUCCAGCAAGUCUGUGAGAAAGUCCCCUGCUGCUCUAGAAAAGACCAAGACAGCAAGACCCAAACCAGAAGCUCCAGCUGAGGUUCGCUCUGUUGAGGUCAUCAAAACAGUGGGCCAGAGCAGCCUCAUGAUUGGCUGGGAGAGGCCGCCACUGGACGAGCUGGGCUGCAGUAACGGCACUUUUGUUUAUGGAUACAGGGUGUUUGUAGAUGGGGACUUCCACAAAUCUGUCAUGAGCUCAGCUUGCACCAAGUGUAUUCUAGAGAAUGUAGAUCUGAGUGUCCCAGUCCACGUCAGUGUCCAAACGCUGGGCUCUAAUGGCCUCCGUUCAGACAGUGUCCACACCACAUACAGGACUUUGGUGAGAACAGACCACCACUGACUCACAGCAGAUGUAAUGGUGGCAUAGGUCAACAAUGCACAGCCAUCUAUAGCUGCAGCUCUCUGAGGGACCAUGCUAACCUCCAACUCGGCAGACUGUGAGGGCGACACCGUUCCACUGCUGGGAUACCCUUAGCCUCAGGUCAACCAGUCAGAAAAACUAAUCUCACGUUGUCAUUACCAGCCUAAAAACAUGUUGUGACCUGUGGCAGGGCCGCUUAACCUCAAAACGAUUAACUGAAGAUGUCAAACAGACCACCGUGUCAUGUGCGUGAGAGCUGAUCUGCAUGUAAGAGCAGACGAAGAUUCGCUCAGUCCUUGUUGGAAGAGCUUCCUGUUCCUGGAUUUACCUCUGGAAUGGAUAGGACAUUGUGAGUGUUUGCCAGGUGAAAGGCCAGAGUGGCUGCCAAUCAAACAAAUCCUGACAAACUGUCGAAAAGUGUCACGCCACCACAAACUAUAUGAAGCCAAGAUCAAUCACAUUAUCAAAAGCUGCCUGCGACACCAACAUUCACUAACAUUGUUCAGCCAAGACAGAACACGUUGGAGGGACGUCUGCAUUUGCUGCACAUUGAAACACUGUGUUAAACACUGAGGGAUCGUACGUCAUAGAGCUUCAUCUGCCUCUCUGGACUCUGUGACAUGAACCGCUGGCUUUAGCUGUUUGGAAACUGUACAAUGUGUCGACUCAACAUUGUACCCUGAGGUCAUCUUACUUGAUUUUUACACAUGAAGCCAAAUAUGAGAAAAGAUGACUCACUCCAAAGACUUAUCUGUUUCCUUCUCCUCACAGGUCCACGGGGUUACUUUAAACACAGAAGCCAGGUGUUAUUUAAGUUCUGAAAUUUGCACACAGUCAAUGUUGAUCUCAAGAAGAUUAAAUUUAAAAAAAAGAGUUUAUCACUGAUAUUUUUUUGUAGAGAAUAUUAUAAAAAUAUGCCAAUGUACCACAUACUGUACGUCUUUUUGUAUGAGUGACACCUGUUUUUCAUACCUAAUAGAUGUUAUGUUUGCAC